AUGUAUCGAGUCCGGGCCUGGGCACAUUCGGCCGCUCACAAGAACAAAUUCAAUCCCUGGUCUCAGGUCGAUGGCACCCCUGGUCCCAGGAGCAACGUGUCCGGGCCGCCCCAAAAUGCUCAGUCUGAGUCGGGCGACCAAGAACAGCCGAAAAGCUCGGUAGUAACACGCGUCCUAGCAAACGUCAAGACGGCACUGCUUCACAGUUGGGUCAAUGUCUUGCUCGUGUUUGUGCCUGUUGGUAUUGCCGUGCAUUUUGCUGGGGUCGAUCCCAACGUUGUCUUCGCCUUGAACGCUGUUGCCAUCAUCCCCUUGGCCGGCCUCUUAACACUUGCGACUGAGAGUGUUGCCCAUCGACUGGGUCCGACCUUGGGUGCUUUGCUGAAUGUCAGUUUUGGCAAUGCGGUGGAGCUGAUCAUCUUCAUCAUUGCUUUGGUCAAGAACGAGAUUCGCAUUGUCCAAGCCUCUCUCAUCGGAUCUCUCCUGGCGAAUUUGCUUUUGAUCUUGGGCAUGGCAUUCGUCAUUGGCGGUCUCGAAUAUCGCGAGCAAAUAUACGACAGCACCGUCACCCAAAUGUCCGCCUGCUUGUUGGCGCUCGCGGUUCUGAGCUUAUUGAUCCCGACGGCUUUUCACGCCUCGUUUAAUGAUCUGGCGGCCGCAGAUCGGGCCGUCAUCAAACUCAGCCGAGGGACUUCGGUGAUUCUUCUCAUCAUCUACUUUCUUUACCUACUGUUCCAACUCAAAUCACAUGCAUACCUUUAUCAAGGGACUCCUCAGCAUGUCAUUGAUGAGGAAGCAGUCCCCGGGUUUCUGGCUCGCUUUGACUCGACCAGCUCUUCGUCGGCCAUGUCCUCGCGGGCUUCAACCUGUAGCGCAGGAUCGCAGCGCCGCGUCCGCAAGAGACUGAGGAUGCAGCUGGGCAGGAAGAGGCACGAGAGAAUCGAGAUUGAGCCUGAGGCAGACAUUGAGGCUGCUGGUCAGAGCGAUCUAGCUUCAACAGAUAUCCUGGCGGAAAAGACAGAAGAACCGGAGGAAAUGGAGUCGGAGCCGAUGCCACCGGUGGUCGCGUCGACGAAUGCCACACAUGCUAGAGGCAAAGGGAAGCCGCCAACUCUAGGACCUCGCGGGAUCUCUAUUCGCACCCCGCCAGUCUUUCGCUCUUCGACACUUCCCACUGCAAGGAACAUGCCGUCGGAACACGAGUCUCAUACCCUUCGACAAUAUCGAUCAAAUCCUGACCGUGCCCACCACUCUCGCCGUGGUUCGGCUCCUCACGCUCGGCCUGUUCCCCCCAGCAUCGCCGCGGAAGUCGAUGAUGGACCUCCGAUGGGGCAAACCGCUUCUAUCAUCCUUCUCCUCGUCUCGACUGCUCUUGUUGCUCUCUGUGCAGAAUUCCUCGUGGGCAGCAUCGAGCACCUGGUAGAAAACUCGCCCCUAUCUGAGGCCUUUGUCGGGCUGAUUAUAUUGCCCAUUGUUGGCAACGCCGCCGAACACGUCACUGCCGUGACCGUUGCGGCGAAGAACAAACUUGACCUGGCACUGGGCGUCGCCCUCGGCAGCUCGAUCCAAAUCGCCCUGUUUGUCACCCCGGUUGUGGUCAUCCUUGGUUGGAUUUUGGACAAGGACAUGUCUCUUUACUUCAGCCUGUUCGAGACAGGGUCGCUGUUUGUGUCAACUUUCAUCGUCAACUUUCUCGUCCUUGACGGGCGGAGCAAUUACCUCGAAGGCGCACUGUUGUGUGCGUGCUACAUUAUCAUUGCGUAA